AUGGCCGUGGCCGUGGCAAACAAUGAGGAUUUGGCCACGAUGAUGCAAGAAUCAGUGUUGAAGGACUUGCCAGAGAUGGCACACAAAGAUCCGGUACCUGGAACUGCAGCACCUGAGGCAAUGGUGGAGGUAGAGAUCGGAAGCUCUCACAGCCGUGCCACGCCGCGGCAAGUGGCCACACUGUGCAACAAGGCCUAUGGCUACCGACGCCUCUCGGAGUCGGAGGCGCGUUCGCGGCUGGCCAUGGGCGACGAUGAAGGUGCCAACCGUGUGUUGCACUUGGCCUUCCGGAAUGGCAAACUUUUGGGCUGCUGCUCCUCAACACUCCAGCCACCCUGGACACCCAGGAGCUGCGGCCACUGGGGUCUUCUGUCAGUGCAUCCAGAGGCUCAAGGCACUGGCGUGGCAUCCGCACUGGUUGCUGCAGCCGAGCGGCGGCUCCUCGAAGCUGGCUGCCGCAGCAUUCAGAUUGAAUAUGAGUUCACAGCCGGCGAUCCUGACUCUGAGAGGCUGCUGGAGUGGUAUGAGGGGAAGUGUGGCUUCAAGAGUGGUUGCAGCGACAUGGCUCCGAAAAUGCGGGUAGAUAUCCUCGGAUCCGUGGAGAUCGAUGGCCGUAGCGUCUCCCUCAACUUCGAGGUCCCCGCGGCAGCUGCAUCUGCUUCUACCUCAACACCGGCCACUAUGUCCCCACCAUCAACCAAGGACAUCAUCUUGCAAAUGAUGCAGGGAAAGUUGCUGUACCACCCGACCAAGCAAACAGUGACGGCGCAGGAGCUUGGGCAGCGCAUUCAUUCCAUUCAAAGCCAACUCUCUUUGACAAGAGGGCUGACACACGGCCAGUGGAGUGACGAAGCACAGACCCGUCUUUGCGCUUGGCUCUUGGCACCUCGCAAGAACAACAAAGCCUUGGCAGAUGGCAAGCCAUCAGGACACAGCGGAGAGCAAGCUGCACUGACAGAUGGCAGGGAACAUGAGGACAAGAGGACUUCUCGGAGUCGGAGCUGGAGGCUGAGAUCGAAGAAAACUUGUUCUUCUGUCGGCUCCAUCAUGGCACCCGUCUUCAACCCUCACGUGCCCAAGCGUGGCAAGGCUUGCCAGGUGCUGAAGAGGCCUGGUUCUGUGAAGCAGAACGAGUGGAAGAAGGUACCUUACGUUCAGGAUCCGGAUGCCUUGCCGUGUGCUCGCGGUGACCAGCAGAAGUGGAAGAGGUCUUUGCCUGAGAUUUUGUCUUGCUAUACGGCAUCUCUCAUCUCCAUGCUCCGUGAUGACGGUCUGCUUCGUAGAUGGGAAGGGUCUGUGUGUCUCAUUGCGAGCGUGGAACUUUGGGCAAGUUGGCUCCACAUCGUGGCGCGCGAAAGCACAGACGCAACGCCAAGAAGUAGCAAAAGUAUAUCAACCCGCACCAUGCUCAUCCACUCUUCGUCGAAAGCGCUGGCAACGCAAUCAGCCCUUUUGAUGCUCAUCCUCAAUCGUGUGCCCAAUGCUGCCAUUCACCGUCUGCUUCACAUCAACCACAAAUCCAUUGAAGACUUCGCGAAGCGUCUUGGUCAACUUCGUGAAGCGUGGGUGGUGGACACAGAGAAGAGCAUUUGCUUUGGCAAAGAUCGGCAAUGGGCAGACAUCGAGGCCGACGAAGCUACCUUUGAUCGCCAGGUGGUCGGUCAGCAAGCCCAAUGGGAACAAUGGUGCGCCGUUGUGCAGCGAGGAAAGUCAUCCACGUUGGUCUUGCACCGACGCCUGCAAAGCUGA